UGAUGAUGGGGCUUUCAGCCUCCGCAGCAUCUUCUUUUCAUUUUGAUUGUUUCAUUUUCAGAUUUUGAUUUUGAUUUUGAAGGCAAACAUAUUUUUGCUCGACCAGAACCCUGCUAAUUAUUUGGAUUUACCCAGACUAUGAUUUUGGAGACUUACCAUUGACCAGUGAGGCGCACUACUCGCGUAUUUUAGACCCUAGUUUUACUGUUUUGUGUGUCCUCACUGAAGCUUUCUGCACCUUAGGUUUACUUUUUUUUCUAGGGCCCACAUUUUAUCAAAUGCUUCAUAUUGUUUAGAGAACGAGAAGCAUUUUCUCCUCUGUGGACUCAUGCGUCUUCUGGCUUUAGAAAGCAUGGGUGAUUGAGGUUCAACAAAAAGUGAAUCCUUUAUUUUUUAUCACUGAAGAAACAUGUUUUGAGCUUCGUCAUAUCUCAUCCUUCGUCUUGUCACCUGUGAGGACACGGGGAAGAGUUUAUCACUUAAGACCCCCCAGGAGCCCCUUCCAGCCAUUGCAUGACUGCACAACUCUGACGCAUCUGCAGAGGGACAAGACUGCGGCAAUGGAAAGUAUUUCUAAUGAAAGUGACUUUUGGCAAUUCAACGAAUCCUGGAGGAACUCAAGUCUCCUUAACGGUACGGGUGGGUCGAAUCAGACGAAUCCUCUGAAGCGGAAUGAGGAGGUAGCGAAGGUGGAGGUGACUGUGCUCGCCUUGGUGCUGUUUCUGGCGCUGGCGGGGAACCUGUGCGUCCUGCUGGCCAUCCACACCACCAAACACAGCCAGUCCCGUAUGUAUUACUUCAUGAAGCACCUGAGCAUCGCCGAUCUAGUUGUAGCCAUAUUUCAAGUUCUCCCUCAACUUAUCUGGGACAUUACAUUUCGCUUCUAUGGACCGGACAUUUUGUGCAGAUUGGUGAAAUACCUGCAGGUCGUUGGGAUGUUCGCGUCCACUUACAUGUUAGUUCUGAUGUCCGUAGACAGGUGUUUGGCAAUUUGUCAGCCCCUUCGUUCUUUGCACAGAAGAAAAGACCGUUUCUAUGUCAUAUUUUCCUGGGUCCUGAGCCUGCUCUUCAGUAUCCCGCAGAUGUUUAUCUUUUCCCUGACAGAGGUUGGCUCGGCCGGAUCAGGAGUGUAUGACUGCUGGGGCGACUUCGUGAAGCCUUGGGGAGCCAAAGCUUAUAUCACAUGGAUCAGCCUCACCAUAUAUAUCAUUCCAGUGGCAAUACUGAGCAUCUGCUAUGGUUUGAUAAGCUUCAAAAUAUGGCAAAACUUUAAACUGAAAACCAGGCGGGAGCAGUGUAUAAGCCUGACGCCCAAAACCUCCAAAGGCAACACACUGGCCCGCGUGAGCAGCGUUAAACUAAUCUCCAAGGCGAAGAUAACCACUGUGAAAAUGACUUUUGUCAUCGUCCUGGCUUAUAUCGUCUGCUGGACCCCCUUUUUCUCUGUUCAGAUGUGGUCUGCGUGGGAUCCAGCAGCGCCUCGUGAGGCCAUGCCCUUCAUCAUCUCCAUGCUGCUGGCCAGCCUCAACAGCUGCUGUAACCCCUGGAUCUACAUGUGCUUCGCAGGGCAUUUGUUCCAGGAUCUUAGGCAGAAUUUUCUGUGCUGCUCCGCUCGCUACCUCAAGUCCUCCCAGUGCCGCUGUGAGCGUGACUUUGACUCCAGUCAUAAGAGCAACUCCUCAACCUUUGUUAUUAAGAGCACUAGCAGUCAGAGGAGCAUCACACAGACUUCCACCACAUAAUCACUCACCAUCAUAAUCCCCCCCACAUGCCGUCAUCCAUAAAAUAUCCAGCAGUUCGGCUCCCUCAGAUACCUCUUGACCCGAGGCUUGCUGUUCAAGCCCAGACGAGGAAUAACAACAAAAGUUUUAAUUCUUUUAUUUACAGUAAAUUACAGUAUAAAAUGUAAAUGGAAUUGUGAAAUAGAAAAAUGUUGAACAGAUUAUAAUUAAGGGGCGAUAUUUUGUUAAUGAAAGCUUAAAAGAUAAUAAUUGACCAAGCUGAGCAAUCCACUGAAUCUUUUUGUCUGUUUGUUUGUACAUGUUUCUUGUUUUAGCUGUACAGUAUGUAUUUACAUGGGCAGAGGAAGUUAAAAAAAACAACAUGAUAAGCCCUGUCAUUCUUGGCCAACUACAUUUUUGAUUCAGUUGUUGUCUCCAGCAAAGCUUGCAGAUCCUGUCCCAUGUCUUUGUUAUGAGGAAAUUGCUCACCUGUAGUAAAUAUUGUGUACCAUGUUGGUCACUUUGUUACAUUUGCGAUGGAUUGUGUACAUGUAAACUGUCACUUGAGCUUUUGUUUGAUGUGAGGUGUCACGGCUGUCACUGGUAAAGAUUUUUAAAAAGUUUUAAAAACAAAUAAAGAGUGAAAGCAGCAAAACUGCUCUGACAAUGUUGUUAUCUACACCUAGCUGAUACUCAUCAGAACUCUGUUCACCUCCUGAACGGGCUGAAUAAAUUCUUGGCAAGGUUGCUGGAAGUGCUCCAGAGGGAUGUUUGUCCACACUGGAUCAAUAACGUCACUGAGUUCCUUCAAAGUUCUGGCAGCACAUUGAAACUUUGAACAUCCUGUUCAGCCUCAGCCCCAAAGUGCAUUACUGGCUUGAGACCUGGAGACUGUGCAGGUCACUGAAGUGAACUAAAGUGACUCAUGUCUCUGGAGGUACGUUGACGCUACAACUGCUGCAUGACAUGGCGCAUUAUCCUGCAGGACGUGACAAUAAAUGUAAACUGGCCCAUGAAUUCGCUCUAGAAGAACUUCAUUGGAGGUCUAAUUGAGUCUGAAGCUGUUGUUCAGCCAGUUGCUUUUAUGUUCAUUGUAGAUGUUUCAAGAAUAUCAGCUGUCUAGGGAUGUGUUUGGUUUGUUAUUUUAAUUACAGCACAUCAAUAAUCAUCGCCAAUAAUGAUGAGUGGCCUGAAUAAAAGCAAACGCUGUACAAUAAAAACAACACAACACAAUAUGCUGUGAUAAAACUGUUUGUGAGGUCCAUAAUGUUCAGUUUUAGUUGAGACGCUGUGAGAUGGGUGUUGAUUCAGCUUUGCACUUUGUUUUUCUGCUCUAUUGUUCAGCUCAUCCUCAUAUUCUGUCUCUGUGCCACCUUACACUGUAAUAAUGCAUAAUACAACAAAGUACAACUACACCACAAACUAGAGCCUCAGACACUUUUAUAGGAGGAUUAUUAUAUAUGUGACACAGGAGAGAUGUUGCAGGAAUAUUCAACUCUGUUAUAUUGCAUGGGUUUUGCUUUAAUUUUGUUAUAAUGUUGAAUUCAGGAUUAAUUAAUGUUCCAAAACGGUUCUUUUUAAGCAGUGAAUUACUUCAGUGACUGUACUGCCACAGCAGUACAGUCACUUUAUUUUUUCUGUCCAAUUAGGGGGUUAUGUUUACUUUCGUUAUAACCUUAACACUGUGACGUUUCAUAAGACAAUCUUAUUCCAGUGGAAAAUUUUAUGUCAGGAGAAAUUCUGUAAUGUACAUCUUUUAAAGGCCAUGAAUUUAAUGAUCAAAGAUUAUGAGUAAGAUGCCAAUAACUGUGGAGGGCAAUGAUGUGUACAGUAUUGCACAGUAUGUCUGUAAUUGCACAAGUUUAAUUAAUCCUUUGCAGAAGGUAAAAAAAGAAAAUAAACAAAUAAAAUUGUGAGAUGUGUAUUUGUGGGGAAUUUGCUGUAUUUUGGUGACACCAAAUACAUUCAUUCUUUACAUUCACUGUCGCUGUAUUGUAGUUUCUAAGCUCAGUUUAUUCAAAAAUACCAUACCACCAUUAGUUCACUGAUGUUGAAUCUGACAACUUUCUUUUGAGGAUAAAACAUUUGAUUCAUCAUCCUUGUGCAUAUAUGGUGCAGGUGCUAUUAGGAAAAUACACAUGUACUUUAUGUCUUAUUAAUUUUGAUAUAAUGUGAAAUCUAUGGAGACAAUUUGAAUUCAGAUUAAAUGAUCAUCUGGUUAUUAUUGCACACAUUCUGCCGAAAUGAAAGUGAUUAAAGCGCUUAAUGAUAUCUUUUAAUGAAUUUUGACCACGUAGUCUGGCAAAUCAAUCACUCUUACUCACUAAUUACACUGUUUAAUACAGUUCAUUAAUCAGAAUAAUGCUUUAAGCCAGUGUGUUAUUUCUGCUCAUAUAAACUCUAACUGUACAUUUUCUAGCACUCUUAUGGAAUAAUAGAAUGAACCAAAAGAAACAAACUGAGGUUAUAAACAAAAAAGUGUGUGGUGAAACUGAAACUGAACCAUCAAUAAUGGAUCUCAUACACAACAAAGAAGAACAUGAAAGAUAUACAACAGCAACCUCUAGUGGGUCACAGUUCCCAGGUCAGUGCCUCCAGGUUGAUUGAAGUAAGCUGUGCCUCUCAGAAAGAGUUUGAAAUAAUACACAUGCUAUACUUUCAAUCAAACAGCGGUGCAACAGUUUCGUUAAUUGUAAAGUGUCUUUAAAUUAGUUUCAGCCCAUGUAUAAUUUUCCUUUCUACACUGCAGGUACACAAUAGCAGCAAAGUUAUUGUAGGAGCAAAAUUUUUCAUGUCAGGAUGUGCAAACAUUAUGUCGCCCCAUAAGAUAUUUAAUUUGUUAACCUAAUUGUGCUCGCGUUUAACAAACAGAAUAUAGAGUCUUGCCUGAGACCACGCCCUUUUUCCCAUGUUUCCCCCCUACCACUCUUUAUCUUGGAGGUUUUCGGAGCUCCAGGUAGAGCGGUACACUUUUCUUUCACAUCAAAUUAACACUGUGGAACAUUAAAAUUGGUCUCACAGAGAGGUCUCUACUUGACGCCAUCAGCAGUUAGAUCCAUACUUGUUCACAUUUACUUGACUGAAAUAUGCAAACACGUAGAUUUAAUAUUCCACUCGUCACACUUU